AUGUCUUCUUGGUCGGAGAAAAAGUCGGAAAACCGCACCCUGCGCAUCCUCGAUGCUGCCACCAAGGGCAAGUAUGGUGUCCUCGGCGUGGUCAUAUAUAACAUUGAGCAUCUUACGGCUGUGGUAAGAGCAGCUGAGGCCAAGAAGUCGCCGAUUCUGAUCCUGCUGUUCCCCUCCGCUGUGACGCAGCUCCCCACGCUAGCAUGGGCCGUCGCAGCAGCCAUCAAGACUUCGUCCGUCCCGAUCGCAUUGCACCUCGACCACGCCCAAAAUGAAGACCAAAUCAGGGAGAUCGCAGCCACUUUGCCAUUUGACUCUAUCAUGGUUGAUAUGAGCCAUUACGACCACGAGGAGAACCUGGCGAAGACCAAGGUUCUCACCAGAGUCUGCCACGACCACGGGAUUGCUGUGGAAGCGGAAAGCGGGCGGAUCAAUGGUGGAGAGGACGGGAUAGCAGACACCGGAGACUUGGAAGCACUUUUUACGAGCCCAGAGGAGGUUGAGGACUUCAUCAAUGCCGAGAUCGACCUGCUGGCCCCGAGUAUCGGCAACAUCCACGGAGAUUACGGCCCCAAGGGCCCGCAACUUGACUAUGAGAGACUGGCCAACGUCAACAAGCAGAUCGACAACCGGGUUCUGAUGGCACUUCACGGAACGAAUGACUUUUCUCCGGAGAUCAUGAAGAGGUGCAUUGAGAACGGCGCCAUCAAGCUGAACGUCAACAAGCUACUUCUCGAGCCAUGGAAUGUUCAUCUCAAGGAGAAUGUGAACAAGCCGUUUACUCAGCUGGUAGAGGACGGGUUGACCAUUUUACAAAAGGAGACUGAGAGGUGGAUUGAUAUUUGUGGUAGUGGUGGGAAGGCAUGA